CAGAAGGAGUAGGAGCUACACGGCUUCCCAGCAGCCUCGGAUACUCUGCCACGUCUUGUCCCAUUGCGCACCCCUCAUCUGCCCAGCGCUUUCCCUUUCAUCAGUAGCAUCAAGCAGCUUGAGCCUUAUCGCUGUCACACCGCACUAUGGCUCAAGUAGCCGGUAAGAAACUGACUGUGGCCCCAGAGGCCGGUAAACCCCCGGGGAUCCCCGGUUCCUCGUCAUCCGUCAAAGAGAUUCCAGAGAUUCUGGUGGAUCCCCGCACCCGGAGGCGAUACCUGAGGGGGAGAUUUCUGGGCAAAGGUGGGUUCGCUAAAUGCUACGAGAUCACCGACCUGGAGAGCCGGGAGGUAUUUGCUGGGAAGAUUGUGCCCAAGACCAUGCUGCUCAAGCCCCACCAGAAGGACAAAAUGACCAUGGAGAUCGCCAUCCAGCGCAGUCUUGACCACCGGCAUGUCGUGGGCUUCCAUGGCUUCUUUGAGGACAAUGACUUCGUGUAUGUGGUACUUGAGCUGUGCCGACGGAGGUCUCUAUUGGAGCUGCACAAGAGGAGGAAAGCUGUAACAGAGCCAGAAGCUCGCUACUAUUUGAAACAGACCAUUUUGGGGUGCCAGUAUCUCCAUAGCAACAGAGUCAUUCACAGAGACCUCAAGCUUGGCAACUUGUUCCUUAAUGAUGAAAUGGAGGUCAAAAUAGGUGACUUUGGGCUGGCAACCAAAGUGGAAUAUGAUGGCGAGCGCAAGAAAACCCUCUGUGGCACUCCAAACUACAUUGCACCUGAAGUGUUGGGCAAGAAGGGCCACAGUUUUGAAGUGGACAUAUGGUCAAUAGGAUGCAUCAUGUACACGCUGCUGGUGGGAAAACCCCCCUUUGAAACAUCAUGCCUAAAAGAAACCUACAUGAGGAUUAAAAAGAAUGAAUACUCUGUCCCCAAGCACAUUAACCCCAUGGCGACAGCACUUAUACAGAAGAUGCUUCGUUCCGAACCAACCUCAAGGCCCACGAUAGAUGACUUGCUAAAUGAUGAGUUCUUUACUACUGGCUACAUUCCUUCCCGGCUCCCCACAACCUGCUUAACUGUGCCCCCAAGGUUUUCCAUUGCACCCAGCACUAUUGAUCAAAGCUUAAGGAAGCCACUUACUGCAAUCAAUAAAGGACAAGACUCUCCACUGGUGGAGAAGCAGGCGGUUCCUGCAAAGGAAGAAGAAAUGCAGCAGCCGGAGUCCACAGAGCCUGCAGACUGUUACCUAUCUGAGAUGCUUCAGCAGCUGACUUGUGUGAAUGCAGUCAAGCCUUCUGAGAGAGCGGUUAUCCGCCAAGAGGAAGCAGAGGAUCCAGCAUCCGUCCCCAUAUUCUGGGUCAGCAAAUGGGUGGACUACUCUGAUAAAUAUGGAUUAGGAUACCAGCUGUGUGAUAACAGUGUUGGGGUGCUCUUUAAUGAUUCAACGCGGUUGAUAAUGUACAAUGACGGAGACAGCCUGCAGUACAUUGAGAGGAAUAAUUCAGAGUCUUACCUCAACGUGCGCUCCUACCCUGCUGCUUUAACCAAAAAGAUCACAUUGCUCAAGUACUUCAGAAAUUACAUGAGUGAGCACCUACUGAAGGCCGGUGCAAACAUAACACCCCGGGAGGGGGAUGAACUGGCUCGUCUACCCUUCUUACGAACCUGGUUCAGGACACGCAGCGCCAUCAUCCUCCACCUGAGCAAUGGGACUGUUCAGAUAAACUUCUUCCAGGAUCACACAAAGAUAAUCCUGUGCCCCCUUAUGGCUGCUGUGUCCUACAUUGAUGAAAAGCGUGAGUUCCAUACGUACAAGCUGAGCCUCAUUCAAGAAUUUGGCUGCUGCAAGGAGCUCGCCAGCCGUCUCCGCUACGCACGCACAAUGGUGGAGAAACUACAGAGCUCCAAGUCCGGUGUUGCACAUGUGAAGGCCUCUGCAUAGCCGGCCUGGCAAACUGUGGACUCAGAAACCAGAAACUAGUCCAUAUUCUUAGGUUUCUGGAAGCACCAGACCUUGUUUCGGGGUCCGAGGAGCACUCGCCUUUUCAAUUUUAAGCCGAAGCUGACAUGUUCUAGGGUGAGAUGGAUCGCUAAGCUCGCCAAGACUGUACAGUACUCGCGUAAUGUUUCCAUAAAUAUAUAUCCAAAAA